AUGCCACGGUCCUUUCUAGUGAAGAGUAAGAAGGCACACACCCACCACCAGCGCCGGGCACAGGGUGAUGACCUGGUCUGGCCUCCUGCCAUAAUCCCUGUGGCAAAAGAGCAUAACCAGAGUGCCAGCUCUCUUCUCAGCGUACCGCUUCCAAGCCAGACCUUGGACUGGAACACAGUCAAACAGGAGCGGGAGAUGGUGCUAAACCAGAGCCUUCCCAAGAUGGCCUCGGCCCCAGAUGUUCAUGGAGGAGCCUUCUGGCUCCCUCCCACAGCCCCCAUUUUACAGACAGGAAACUGCCACAGAGAGGUGUUCUCCACCCCUCAUGGGCUAGAAGUGCACGUCCGCCGCUCUCACAGCGGAACCCGGCCCUUUGCCUGUGAUGUCUGUGGCAAAACCUUUGGCCAUGCUGUGAGCUUGGAGCAGCAUACUCAUGUCCACUCACAGGGCGUCCCAGCCGGGUCCAGUCCUGCGCCCAGCUUGGCUGUCCCGGGCCUCGAGGCUCCACCUGCACCUGACCCCCCAGGGCCUCGUUUCCUCCGGCAGGAGCGUAGCUUUGAGUGCCGGAUGUGUGGCAAAGCCUUCAAGCGCUCGUCCACCCUGUCCACCCACCUGCUCAUCCACUCGGACACUCGGCCCUACCCCUGCCAGUUCUGUGGGAAGCGCUUCCACCAGAAGUCAGACAUGAAGAAACACACCUACAUCCACACAGGUGAGAAGCCCCACAAGUGCCAGGUGUGUGGGAAAGCCUUCAGCCAGAGCUCCAACCUCAUCACCCACAGCCGAAAGCACACAGGCUUCAAGCCGUUCAGCUGUGAACUGUGCACCAAGGGCUUCCAGCGCAAGGUGGACCUGCGACGUCACCGUGAGAGCCAACACAAUCUCAAGUGA